CCUACCAAAGCUGUGUGGUUGAGCGAAGUGAAUGACGUCUCUGAAUUUGCGGGCCGCCGACGCAGGGCUGGGUUUCCAUUUUCAUAGCGAGUUUCGGGGGGGAUCGUCAACAUGGAGCCGGAGAUGGAGGACAAAACGGUGGAACUGAUGUGCUCUGUGCCUCGCUCUCUCUGGCUGGGCUGCUCCUCGGUGGCUGAGAGUUUGUGUGCACUCAGGUGCCUGCAGAGCAUCCCCUCCACCCGGGCUCACAACCAGAACACGUCAGGGAUGGAGUCGCAAAACCUCGUGGACGAUCUGUCGCCAAAGAAGACUACAGUACUCAAGCUUAGUAACGGCCCGGUUGUGGGGUCUCGCAAGCGUCCGUCAGAGGGGAACUACGAGAAGGAGAAAGAACACUGCAUCGCCCUGUUUGACCAGUGGUCGGAGGCCGACCAGGUGGAGUUUGUCGAGCGCCUGAUUUCCCGUAUGUGCCACUACCAGCACGGCCACAUCAACUCCUACCUCAAACCCAUGCUGCAGAGGGAUUUCAUCACUGCGCUGCCAGCCCAAGGCUUGGAUCACAUAGCAGAGAACAUCCUCUCUUUCCUGGAUGCACGCUCGUUGUGCUCGGCAGAGCUGGUGUGUAAGGAGUGGCAGAGGGUCAUCUCCGAGGGUAUGUUGUGGAAGAAGCUCAUUGAACGCAUGGUCCGAACUGACCCGCUCUGGAAAGGCCUGUCUGAGAGACACCAGUGGGAGAAAUAUCUGUUCAAGAACCGCACAUCAGAAGUCCCACCCAACUCCUACUAUCACUCCCUUUAUCCCAAGAUCAUCCAAGACAUAGAGACUAUUGAGGCUAAUUGGCGAUGUGGCAGACACAACUUGCAGAGGAUUCAGUGUCGCUCAGAAAACAGUAAAGGGGUUUACUGUCUCCAAUAUGACGAUGACAAGAUCAUCAGUGGCCUUAGGGACAAUUCUAUCAAGAUAUGGGAUAAGCAGUCUCUGGAGUGUCUGAAGAUAUUGACCGGUCACACAGGCUCAGUAUUGUGUCUCCAGUAUGAUGAGAGGGUCAUCGUCACCGGCUCCUCUGACUCAACUGUCAGGGUUUGGGAGGUGACGACGGGUGAGGUACUGAACACACUGAUCCACCACAACGAGGCAGUUCUUCACCUGCGCUUCGCGAAUGGCCUGAUGGUCACCUGCUCCAAGGACCGUUCGAUUGCAGUCUGGGACAUGGCCUCGCCUACUGACAUCAGCCUACGUCGCGUCCUUGUGGGACACCGGGCAGCGGUCAACGUGGUUGACUUCGACGACAAAUAUAUCGUGUCCGCCUCAGGGGACCGCACUAUCAAGGUAUGGAGCACCAGCACCUGUGAGUUCGUGCGAACUCUAAAUGGUCACAAGCGGGGCAUUGCCUGUCUACAGUACAGAGAUCGUCUGGUGGUCAGCGGCUCAUCUGACAACACAAUCCGAUUAUGGGACAUAGAGUGCGGGGCAUGUUUGCGAGUGUUGGAAGGUCACGAGGAGCUGGUGCGCUGCAUUCGCUUUGACAACAAACGGAUUGUCAGCGGCGCCUACGACGGUAAGAUAAAGGUGUGGGACCUGCAGGCAGCCCUGGACCCACGGGCCCCAGCCAGCACAUUAUGUCUGCGCACUCUAGUGGAGCACUCAGGCCGCGUGUUCCGUCUGCAGUUCGAUGAGUUUCAGAUCAUCAGCAGUUCUCACGACGACACCAUUCUGAUCUGGGACUUCUUGAACGUCUCAACCAAUGGCCAGUCAGAGGGACGGUCUCCUUCCCGCACCUACACUUACAUUUCUAGAUAGCAGGUGGCGCCACAUACUGCACCCUUUCUUGGAGGAACCCAGGGCUGAUUGGCUGAUGGGUGCGUCCGUCAUGGAAAGGAGCCCAUCUCUUCUCCUUCCUCCUUGUCAUCUCUCUGUCCAUCUCCCACCCAGUCCCCCACCACCUCCUGUUCUGAUAGACUCUAAGCUUGUGCCCAUUGCCUGCCAGUACAAUGACAUACACACACAGGUCAACACUGAUGAGGAUUCCCUACUACAGAAGCAACUCUCCCAAGAAGUUUACCUUCUACUACUAAUUUAUGUUUUGUAAAGUACACUAAUGACAGUAUUAACUUAGACCAUAUGUAAGUCACAAGCCCCCCCCCCCCUUUGCCCCCCUUGAAACAAACUUAAAACAGCUUCUGCUCCUCAGUUUUCAACCCCUGCCAAAACCGGUUCCCACAGAUAUGGAAUCGCUUAUAGUUAUAUAUUUAUAAACAUAUAUUACACACACACGCGCGCACACACACACACGCACACACAGUGGCACAGUUGGACAGAGGAUGACCGGAGCUGUGAUGCGGGAGACAGAGACUCUUUAUUCAGCUCUAGGAAAGAAGGGAAGAUGGGAGACGGAGGGAGUGAAUGAGGGAGAAACGUGUAAGGGAUGACCUCCCUGCUCCCUUUCACUCCCUCUCACUCCUCCCUGUCUCUCCCUCUACCACCACCCCCCCGCCCCGCCCCCUCCUCACCCCACCACCUCCCCAGACCCUUUUCGCUCCCUCCCCCCACCCCCCCAGAGAUGCACACUCGCUUGGGAUACGGGGGCGCACACACUCAAGUUUUGCGUGAGUGUGUGUUUGUGUAUGUGGACUUGUGAAUCGGCAGAAGAGAGCAGAAGAGACAGACAGACAGACAUGCAUGCGAGGUAGCCUUGGAUACAGCAUCCCGGUACACCUCUGCUUUUUUUUUUUUUCUCUUUAACUCUUACUUUCUUACUGUUUUUUAUUACUGUUAUUUUCUAAUUUUAUUUGAGUAUUUUGGUUCUUAGUACAAAAAUCAUACUAAGCGUAGUCCUCUUUCUCUUUCCCUCCUCUCUCUCUCUCUCUCUCUCUCUGACUCUCACUGUCUUUUUUCCUCAUUCUUUCUUCUAACUUCGACCCUUGUCCAUCUGUCCCCUUUCACGGCAUCUUUCUCUCCCACAUCUACGUGCUUGCUUUGGUUAUGAGAGAAGCUGGAAUUCAAGAGCUCAAAUUUAGCUGUAAACGGAGUCGUCUUGUCAAAAAUUGUGUUGUAUAUUAAAAAUGAUUUUUUAAAGAAGAAAAAUGACCUUAUUGUGAAUAAAGUACUUGACAGUGGUGGAGUGUUGAGCCAACUAUAACGUGAA